CUGGAGGUGUCCAGCGUGGACGGCUACCAGGGCCGGGAAAAAGAGGUGAUGGUGUUCAGCACCGUCCGCGCCAACCCCUCCUCGGUCCUGGGGUUCCUGGAGGACUGGCGGCGACUGAACGUGGCCAUCACCCGGCCCCGGAGGGCACUGCUGCUGGUGGGGAAUGCAAACACACUU